UCCUACCUUAUCUCUCACACUGAAGCCGGAAGUUCAGACGGAGGAAAAACACAGAGAGAGACGAAUGCUGAAUAUUCAGGUGUUCAUGAUGAAGAUCUUUAUGUUUCUCCUGGGAUUACACAGCGCUGCGGCUGUGACUCACUCUCUGAAGUAUUUCUACACCGGAUCCUCACAAGUCCCAAACUUCCCUGAGUUUGUGGUUGUUGGGCUGGUUGAUGAUGUUCAGAUGAUCCACUAUGACAGCAACACCAUGAAAGCAGAACCCAAACAGGAAUGGAUGAAGAAAUACACUGAGGAUGAUCCACAGUACUUGAAGGGUCAAACUGAUGUUUUUAGUGGUGCCCAGCAGAUCUUCAAAGCCAACAUUGAAGUUGCAAAGCAGCGCUUCAAUCAAACUGGAGGUGUUCACAUUGUUCAGUGGAUGUAUGGAUGUGAGUGGGAUGAUGAGACUGGAGAGAUUAAUGGCUAUAAUCAGGAUAGUUAUGAUGGUGAAGACUUCAUAGCAUUAGACCUGAAGACAAAAACAUGGAUUGCUCCAAAACAACAAGCUGUCAUUACCAAACGGAAGUGGGACAGUAACAGGGCUUAUACUGCCAGCGUGAUCCAUUACUUCACUGAGGUAUGCCCAGAGUGGCUGAGGAAGUAUGUGAACUAUGGGAAGAGCUCUCUACUUCGAACAGAGCUUCCUUCAGUAUCUGUCCUCCAGAAACCUUCCUCCUCCAUGAUCAGAUGCCACGCUACAGGUUUCUACCCCAACAGAGCUGAAAUGUUCUGGAGGAAAGAUGGAGAGGAGAUUCAUGAGGGGGUGGACAAAGGAGAGAUCCUCCCCAACAAUGAUGGAACCUUCCAGAUGAGUUCUAACCUUAAACUUUCAUCAAAGACACCUGAAGACUGGAUGAAGUAUGAGUGUGUGUUCCAGCCUUCUGGUGCCAAGGAGGAAAUGAUCACCAGACUGGAGAAGCUGGAGGAUCAUUCUUCAGGUUUUACCACUGCUGUUAUCGGAGGUGUUGUGGUUCUGCUCGUCCUGGCUGUAGUUGUUGGUGUUGUUGGAUUCUGGUUCAAGAAAAGUCAAAGAAUUGUGUUCAAAAACCCAACCCCUUUUCCCAGUUCAUCCAUUACUUCUGUUGAUUCAACCGGGAGCGACACACCGCUGAUGAAACGAAAUAAAUGAAAUGAAAAAAACUUUAUUAAUCCCAGAGGGAAAAUUUGUGUAAAUGAAUGAACCAACAUUAAAGACAUUCUGAUGCUGCACCUUUGUUUGUAAUCGAAAAUCCUGAAGCCAAAAAAAAUCUGAAAGUGAAAAUCAAAUGUUCAAAUAUUCAUCAGUUUACUCUCCAGGCAUAAUUUCUUAUUUUAUUCUUCAUUCCUGUGUAGUGGUGUGUUUCUGUGCAACAUCAUAUCAGAGGUGUGUUAACAGGCUUAAUUUAAUAUUAAAUCUGGUUGCUUACUUGUUUUUAUUUUUUAAUUUUAUGUUUUUCUUUUUAUUCUUUUAGUUGUUUUACUGUUUUAGCUGUUUUUAUUCCUGUCAUUGAGUUCAUUCUGAAUUCUUGGCCAAUCCCAGCCGUUAAGAGUAGAAGAGGAAUGUAGACCAUUAAAAGAAUAGACUGUAGUCCCAAAAGCAGGAUUGUAAGUUGGUGUUUUAAAAUUCUAAACUCUCCAUGUGAAGAAUCUUAUCUCUGAAAUCUAAACAUAUGCAUGUCAGCAUUUUCCUCCACACAGAUUUUCCUUUGUAAAAACAUCUCUGAUGUGUAUCAGGUCGUAGUUACUCAGAAAUGUGACAGCAGCUCAGUCUGGAACAGUAGCUGGAACUAAUUACACUGUUGGGCUGGACUAAUUAAUUUAUAUAGAUAAAUACAUCAUUAAGAAACAACAUUUUACAAUUCUUUGUAGAGUGACAAUAAAGGAUGAUUAACUAAAUAUGUAGAGAAAUUAUCAGGUUCCAACACUUCCUGACAGUAAAUGGGUUGAGGUUUAAUUUUCUCAACAUUCUUAUUGAGUUCAGUUAAACUAAUUUAAAAGGAGAGCAGAAACACAACUAAUGUGUAAAAACAGGUAAUAUUAUAAAAAUAUAGUAAAUUACCAUUUUUUCACAAGUCUGUAUCAAAACUAUCCAAAAAGUUGCAUUUUGGAGUGAAAUUGUUUUAUUUUUAACUAACAAACAAAUAAAAAAGGAGGUAAGUGUUAAUUAAUAAUAUUUAGCAAGAAACCUGUUAAGUUUUGUGACUCCUGUUAAAUUAGACUUUUUAUUUCUUAAACAUUUGAAAGUCAGAGCUGGAAUAAGUUUAGAAAGAUUGUUGUAGAUGUUGGAGAGAGCCGUCAAAGGCAAAAAACACAAGAGAACGAA